UUGCUGAUAAAAAAAAAAAAAAGCAUUCUAUCUAAUAACGUAUUGCCUCAACAUAUUUGAUGAGAAAAUUGUGUAGAUAGAUUUGGAACUAAUAUCUUUAAUUCAUAAAAAAAAUGAACAAUACCUUUUAAAGUCAUCAAACGAAGGCGAAGAAGGAAUGAAGGAGCACGACAAUGACGUCAUCACCAAUGCCGUUUCGGGGAGCGGGUUCCGGCGCACGCGCUCGCAGGCGGAGCCGGACUGGAGCGUGACGGAAUCGCUGAUUCUGGUGAACGAGGUCGCGGCGGUGGAGGCGGACUGCUCCGUCGCGCUCUCCUUGUACCAGCAGUGGAACAUCAUCGCCGAGAACUGCGCCGCCCUCGACGUGCCGCGGAGCCUCCCGCAGUGCCGCCGAAAGUGGCGCGCGCUGCUCGCGGCCUACGACGGCGCCAGGGGAGCGAGGGGCGCGAUGCCGCCGCCGGGCUUCGACCGCGAGCUGUUUGAGGCCAUCGAACGCGUUGUGAGGGCGCGUGAGGAGCGGGGGAUGGUGGAUCCUGGGAGCGAUGAUGAAGAUGGGAACGAGGCGCGCGACGCAACCGUGGAAAUUGGGUCCAAAAGAAAACGGCAACGAAGUAAAUCGAGAUGCCAAGUUCAAAAGCCUAAGAAAUUUCAUGAACAAAGGCCUGAGGACAGCUAUGAAGAAGGGCUCGAGGAUGAUAAUUUAGAGGACGAGUAUUUGAAAGACUUCCUAGAAUCAAGACCUAAGUUGAAAGGUACUGCAGAAAGACCUCCAAAGCACUUGGUGAUGCCACCAAAGAGUCCGGGCAGAGUAGAGCUGAAUGAAAACCACCAUAUCAAAAGGCCAAAGCCGAUUGGCACAGAAAAUAUAACAUUUAACAGGGAAGAAAAUGAGGAAACAUUGACUCUGAAAUUGCAAGUGUUGGCUGUAGAAAUCGGAACAAUUGCUAGUGAAUCAGCAGCAGACUAUAAGGGGGGUGUCUCACAAAAUUUAGAGGACUCCCAUUUUGACUUUACAAGAUGCCAAGGGGACAAGCUCAUAGCAAGCCUGGGAAAUUUCUUCAACACCCUUAAGCAUCUACGUGAUACUCCCCAAGAGUGUAACUGAACAUUACGAUGUUCUUUUAUAACUAUUUUAUAUUCUUGUUAGUGAUAGAAUGCAGCAUAGGAGAAUGUUGUUUCUUUAUAGUGUAGACUCUCUAGUUGUGUUCAAUCACUGAUGCUGCUUAUGUGAAAGUAAUUUAUUACAGCUUUAACUAGACGCAUUUGUUUACUAUUCUAAUUAUGAAUUUUACGUUUUCCUCAAA